AUGCAGAUCUCUCAGUGGGAACUUUGGAAGUUUCUCUCUAUGUAUAUCUAUCUUUGUCUUCAUCCCUAUCUCUCUCUCUCUCUCUCUCUCUCUCUCUCUCUCUCUCUCUCGCUCGCUCGCUCUCUCCAGUCUCUCGCUUCCACGUCCCCACCCCAGAAAAUUAUUUCAAAAAUGAUUUUUAGAAAUUUUUCGAGUUGCUUGUACAUUUAUCAUUUUUCUAAUUUCAUUUCUUUAUCGUCUUUUUCUAUAUCUCGCUCUCCCUCGCUCUGCGUUUCUCUGUCUCUCUUUAUUUCUCUCUGUCUCUCUCUCUCUCUCUCUCUCUCUCUGCUCUCUGUCCCUCUCUCUUUGUCUCUGCCCAUCUGUUCCUCUGCCUCUCUAUUUCUCUUUCUCUCUCUCUCUCUCUCUCUCUGCUUCUAUGUAUCUCUCUAUUUCUCUCUCUGUGUUUCUCUGUAUCUCCUCUUGUCUCUCUCCUUUAUCUCUCUCUCUCUCUCUCUGUGUCGUACUCUAUUUGUCUCUCUCUCCCUUUGUCUCUCCGUGUUAUUCUCUGUUUCUCAGUCUCUCUCUAUUUCUUUCUCUCUCUCUCUCCACCCUCUCUCUCUCUGUUUCUAUGUAUCGCUCUAUUUCUCUUUCUCUGUUUCUCUGUGUCUCUAUUUUCUCUGCCUGUCUCUCUCUCUUUAUUUCUCUGCCUGUCUCUCUCUCUCUCUCUCUCUCUCUCUCUCUCUCUGUCGUACUCUAUUUGUCUCUCUCUCCCUUUGUCUCUCUGUGUUAUUUUCUGUUUCUCAGUCUCCCUCUAUUUCUUUAAUCUCUCAUUCUCUCUCUUUCUCUCUCUCUCUCUUUCUCUCUCUCUCUCUUUCUCUCUCUCUCUCUAUUUAA